AUGACAACUCCAUCAAAAUCUAAUGAUACUCCAUCAAAACAACAUCGUACACCAGAUAAACAAACACCUGCUGCUAAACGUCCUAAUCCAUUAACAACAUUACAAGAAGAUGAACCAGUUGCUAGUGCAGCACCAAGUUCUGUUCUUCAAAUGCCUUUUACACGAGACAUGGCAUUUUCAUCACUGACAUUUACAACAUCACCUGCACAAAGUAAUAUGGGUGGUAGCGGUUGUACACCAAUUUCAACACCAUUUCAAGCUCGAUCUGAUCUUAGUAGUGCAGGAAAAUUACGUUUAGAUAAUGAACAAGAGAAAUUACAAGUUGAUAUUGAUGUUAAUACAGCUGAUAAUCAAGUUGUUAUUUGGGAAACAAAUUUUGAAGGUGUUGAUCAACCUAAACCAUUUUAUAAGCAAAAAUUAGAAGAAAUUCAUUUACUUGAACGUCCAUUUCUUAAUGUUGAUUGUACACAUAUAAAACAAAUCGAUACAACAAUGUUAAAUCAAUUACUUACAUAUCCUCAAAAAGUUAUAUCAAUAUUCGAUAUAGCUGUUAAUGAAUUAUUUUUUACAAUUUAUAAAGAUGAUAUACUUCCACAUCAAAUACAAGUACGACCAUAUAAUGUUGAUAUGUUUAGAAAUAUGCGUUGUCUUGAUCCAGAAGAUAUUGAUAAAUUAGUUGGUUUUACAGGCAUGGUUAUUCAAUCAUCAUUAAGAAUGCUAGAAAUACGUUCAGCUUAUUUUUCAUGUAAUAUAUGUGGUUUUUAUGUUCAAGUUGAAAUUGAUCAUGGAAGAAUUGCUGAACCAACUUUAUGUACAUCAUGUAAUACAGCACAUUCAUUUGAACUUAUUCAUAAUCGAUCAUUAUUUGCUGAUAAACAAUUUAUUAAAUUACAAGAAACACCAGAAAAAAUGCCUGCUGGACAAACACCAGUUACUGUAACAGUUGUAGCAUAUAAUGAUUUAGUUGAUGCAGUACAACCUAGUGAUCGUGUUCAAGUUACGGGUAUACUUCGUGCAGUACCAGUUCGUAUAAAUCCGAAAACACUAAAUGUUCGAUCUGUUUAUCGUACAUUUAUUGAUGUUAUUCAUUUUCGUCGUCAAAAAACAUUUACAGCUGAAGGUGGAAUUGAAGAUCAAGCAACUAAUGAUGAUGAAGAAUUAAGUUCAUCGAAAUUUUCUGAAGAACGUUUAGCACAAUUUCGAAAUUUAUCUGAAAGUCCAGAUAUUUAUGAAUUAUUAUCAAAUGCUAUUGGCAUGUCAUUUUCAUCAAUGACAUUUACAUCAUCACCUGCACAAUGUAAUAUGGGUGGUAGCGAUUGUACACCAAUGUCAACACCAUUUCGAGCUCGAUCUCAUCUUAGUAGUGCAGGAAAAUUACGUUUAGUUAAUGAACAAGAGAAAUUAGUAGGUGAUAUUAAUGUAAAUACAGCUGAUAAUCAAGUUGUUAUUUGGGGUACUGAUGUACAUAUUAAUGAUUGUAAAUGUCUAUUUAUAUCAUUUUUAAAACAAUUUCAUCUAAAUGUUGAAGAAGCAAAUCUUGAAGGUGUUGAUCUAUCUAAAGCAUUUUAUACGCAAAAAUUAAAAGAAAUUCAUUUAUUUAAACGUUCAUUUCUUAAUGUUGAUUGUGCACAUAUAAAACAAAUUGAUAAAACAAUGUAUAAUCAAUUACUUUCAUAUCCACAAGAAGUUAUACUUAUAUUUAAUAUAGCUGUUAAUGAAUUAUUUUUUACUAUUUAUAGAGAUGAUACAUUUCCACAUGAAAUUCAAGUACGACCAUAUAAUGUUGAUAUGUUUAAAAAUAUGCGUUGUCUUGAUCCAGAAGAUAUUGAUAAAUUAGUUACUCUUACUGGCAUGGUUAUUGGAUCAUCAUCAAUAAUGCCUGAAAUGCGCUCAGCAUAUUUUUCAUGUAAUACAUGUGGUUUUCAUGUUCAAGUUGAAAUUGAUCGUGGUCAAAUUACUGAACCAAGUUUAUGUACAUCAUGUAAUAAAGCACAUUCAUUUGAACUUAUUCAUAAUCGUUCAUUAUUUGCUGAUAAACAAUUUAUUAGAUUACAAGAAACACCAGAGGAAAUGCCUGCUGGACAAACACUAGUUACUGUAACUGUUGUAGCACAUAAUGAUUUAGUUGAUGCAGUAGAACUUGGUGAUCGUAUCCCAGUAACUGGUAUAUUUCGUGCAGUACCAGUUCAUAUAAAUCCUAAAACACGAUAUGUGCGAUCUGUUUGUCGUACAUUUAUUGAUAUUAUUCAUUUUCGUCAUGAAAAAACGUUUACAGCUGAAGGUAGAAUUGAAGAUCAAACAACAAAUGAUUAUGAAGAAUCAAGUUCGUUAAAAUUUUCUAAAGAACGCUUAGCACAAUUUCGAAAUUUAUCGAAACGUCGAGAUAUAUAUGAAUUAUUAUCAAAUGCUAUUGCUCCAAGUAUUUUUGGACAUGAAGAUGUUAAAAAAGGUAUUUUAUUGCAAUUAUUUGGUGGAACAAAAAAGAAUUUUAUUAAUACUGGACGAAAAACUUUUCGAUCUCAAAUAAAUAUAUUACUUUGUGGUGAUCCUGGUAUAGCUAAAUCACAAUUACAACAAUACAUAUUUCGAUUAGUACCUCAUGCACAAUAUACUAAUGGAAAUGGUACAAGUGCUGAUGGUCUUACUGCAUAUGUAACAAAAGAUCCUGAAACUGGUCAACUUGUUCUUCAAACAGGUGUAUUGGUUCUUGCUGAUAAUAGUAUUUGUUGUAUUGAUCAAUUUGAUAAAAUGAAUGAAAGCGUUCGAUCAAUUCUUUAUGAAGUCAUGGAACAGCAAACAUUAUCAAUAUCUAAAGCUGGUAUUAUAUGUAAAUUAAAUGCUCGUACAUCAAUAUUAGCUGCAGCUAAUUCAAUUGACUCACAAUGGAAUAAAUUUAAAACUAUUAUUAAAAAUAUUCAAUUACCACCAACAUUAUUAUCACAUUUUGAUUUAAUUUUUCUUUUACUUGAUCCACAAAAUGAAGCAUAUGAUAGACGACUAGGACAACACUUAGCUUCAUGGUAUCAAUAUGAAAAAGGAGAUGAAAAUGCUCAUGAAGCUAUNAUCGAACGAGAAUACCGUAAUCAUUCACCCAUUUGGUGGUACACAGGUCCAUAUUUUAUUUACUCAAUGCUCAAUUGUGGUCUUCGACUAAUGAAUGUCGACAUUAUACUUAAAAUGGGCUUUUUCAUCCGACAUUUACAUAACCAUAUAGGACUUCGACAAUUACAUGCAGCAGCACCAAAGCUAUUCCAAGCUGAUGGUUUAUUGUCUAAUCGUCGUUUUGGUCCAACUGGUUUAUCUUUACCAACUAAUAAUGAACCUUCUUCAUCAUCGACUACUCAACCUACACCAUUUGAUUCAGUAGCUAUUGGUAAUACAUCAUCAUUAAAUGAUCCAAAUAAUCAUGCAGGUGUAUUUGGCCAAAUGUCGAAUAUGACGUCAAAUCAAAAUAUUAAUACACCACCAGAUCAACAGUAUGCUGUUCAAUUAGAACAACUUGUUUCAAUGGGUUUUACUAAUCGUGAAGCAAAUUUAGAAGAUAAUUGA